GAAAAUCUAAUCCUAUUUGCAAGAAUCUUGGCAAUAUGGAUCCACCUGGACAGGAUCCGACCAAGGAGUCACUUGGAUCCAAGGAUCUGACCCAUAUUCAUUUCCCAAACCAAAACCUAAGAAGCGACAGCAAAACGCCUACCACACGGUGGCUCCUUUCAAAACCCCAAAAACCCCCACGGCACAAAACUCUCAUUUCCUUUCAGUCCGUUGGGGGUUGUACUUAGGUUUUCAUCCAUUUCCUUUCGCACAGAUCAACUCAGUAGCAGCUAAGCCAUUCUUUCAUCUCUUUCUUCAAUUUUCAUUUUCUUAUCUGAUUUUCACGGAUCAAACCGAAGAUACAUUGAAGUCCUGAAAGUACACAUUGUUUGUAUUGAUUUGAUUGUUUCUUGUAAUUGGAUUUCUGGGUUUUUUCAUGGGUGGUUAAGAUUUUUGAUACGGAGAUGCUGAAAAUCAUGAUUUGAGUAGAUGGGUAUUCUUCAAUUACAUCAGAAACUAUAGAACAUGCUCUCUCUGCGUCCCAUUCGCAGAUUCUGCCACGCCGCCGCCAUCACCGCCAUUGCGCCUGUUGCUGAAACUGUUACAAGUGCCAAAUCAAAUUGCAUUAAAAAACCUGAUAAACCCUUGGAAGAACCUGCCCUUGUCAAGCUUAAGGCCGAGCGAGACCCCGAAAGGCUAUUUCAAUUGUUCAAAGCUAAUGCCCAUAAUAGGCUUGUUGUCGAGAACCGAUUUGCAUUUGAGGACACGGUUUCCAGGCUAGCAGGGGCUGGACGGUUCGACUACAUCGAGCAUUUGCUUGAGCACCAAAAGACUCUGCCUCAGGGUCGGCGUGAAGGGUUCAUUGUUCGGAUUAUAAUGUUGUAUGGUAAGGCUGGGAUGAUUAAACAAGCUGUUGAUACUUUCUAUGACAUGCAUUUAUUUGGGUGUCAAAGGACUGUUAAAUCAUUUAAUGCUGCCCUUAAGGUUUUGACACAAAGCUAUGAUUUAGAAGCCAUUGAUUUGUUUCUCAGAGAUGUUCCUUUUAAAUUUGGCAUUGAAUUGGAUGUUUUUUCGGUUAAUAUUGUUAUUAAGGCUCUUUGCGAUAUGGAUAUAUUGGAAAAAGCAUAUAUGGUCAUGAUAGAGAUGGAGAAAGCUGGUGUAAACCCAGAUGUUGUGACUUAUACUACACUUAUAUCCGCAUUUUAUAAGAGUAACCGAUGGGAGGUUGGCAACGGCUUGUGGAAUCUUAUGGUGAUGAAGGGUUGUUUACCGAAUCUUGCAACUUUUAAUGUUAGGAUUCAGUACUUGGUUAAUAGGAGAAGAGCGUGGCAAGCUAAUAGUUUGAUGGGUAUGAUGGAGUAUCUCGGAAUAACCCCGGAUGAGGUUACAUAUAAUUUGGUCAUCAAAGGGUUUUGCCAGGCUGGUUAUCUUGAAAUGGCAAAAAAGGUUUAUUCCGCUUUACAUGGGAAGGGUUAUAAGCCCAAUGUUAAGAUCUAUCAGACCAUGAUUCAUUAUCUUUGUAAGGGAGGAGAGUUUGAUAUGGCAUACACGAUGUGCAAAGACUGCAUGAAUAGAAACUGGUCUCUGAAUGUGGAUACCAUCUAUAAACUACUUGAAGGCCUUAAGGGCAAUGGGGAGAUUGACAAAGCUAAGGUGAUAUUAAGGUUGGCUCGGAAAAGGGUGCCCUCAUUUUCUAAGAAUCAACUUGGUGUGUUUGAAUCUGUAUUGUCCAAGAAGCAAUAGACUGAAAAUGAGGGAUUGGUUGGUUUAUGUUAUGGUGCAGCUUAAGAUGAGCUGAUAUUCUUUUCACUCAAUUCUUUGUAGAUCUGAGAAAUUGACUGGAUAUAUAGAUUUUUAUGGCUUAACAUCAGAAAGAAGAUAUGCUAUACCAUCUCAAUCAAGCUUGUGAUGAAAUGAGAGUUCACAAUCACCCAAGUUCUUCUUUGGUGGUAAGGAACAGAAGGACCAAUGGAAAGAAAGCAAUUUCUCCUCAUUAGAUAUCCCGAAUGCUAUAUUGAUUUUGAUAGUUGGAAGCUUCUACACUGAAUUGGGAGAGUGAAUCAACAAUUUUCAGCAACUGCUUGAUGUUGUAAGGUCAAGCACAAAUGACUAGCAGGUGAUAUUUUCUACUCUGGCCAGCAGCCCAAGGUGCAAUGUACUUCUGAUAGUACAUAAUGAAAGGAAUUAAACGAAUGAUAUUAGUUGGAACACAAUUCCAGUGGACAUUGAACCCUCAAAAAUUUUGAGAGUCCAGGAGGGAUAAAAGCAAUAUUAACUCUCAGCCAUGUUUUCUUCACCCUCUGUUUUUUUGCAUUUUCUGGAAGAAGGCACGGUCAAUUACAUCACACUGUCAUCACCUGUCCAGUGCAAAAAUCGACCGCAAUGGUGCAUAUGCAUGUAGAUAUUGAAUUAAUCAAAGUGAAGUGGGUUUCAAUCAGGGAAAUGUAUGAAAAUUAUGCUUCAGAAGUUAGAAUGAAUCUGAGUUAUGAUUCAUACUAAUACUAUGUUGAUCCAGUCAUUGCUGCUUAGGAAUUGCGCUCAUUUAUGUAUUCCCUGAAUCAAGAACAGACCAGUUCAGGCUUUAGCUUCA